UAAAACAUCGAAUCUGACUGCUACAAAAAAAAAAAGUUUUUUGUUAGUUACGGUGUCAUACCUCAAGUUAUUACUUUUUCACCAUAUAUGUAUUUUUUUUUAAAGUAGCUUUUACGGUUGUUUUCGGUAGAUUUAAUGGUUUGGGGUCUUUGUCCACGACCAGUUUGAGUUGUUAUCCUGAUUCUUUCUUUCAGGCGUAGAAGAAAUGCGCAUUUUCCGUCUGUUUUCUUCCUUUGCACCCGGGAAUUAUCCAAAAUGAACGACCACGAUACGAUUAGGCAUCCUGAUUGCUCAAAUGAUGUCUUGGUUCACUUUGCAGAAUCUCUGCACAUAUUUACAGGGUUAUUGACAGUGGCCACUAUAUGUGGUUUUUUUUCUGGAAUCAUAGCUGCAGCCGUUCUGUAUGUGUUUUGCCUGAAGCCUAUGCUUCUAACUCGACAAGGCUAUGAUGCCAGAAGACUGUUUGAGGGAGACGACCAGGAUAGGGACAACAACCACAGUGACUGUGUCAGCAACAGCAAGAAGGGUGUCCAAAGUGCCACUACCAAUGAAAAAGAAAAGAAGCAGCCACCUGUGAACAGCGAUGUGGCUGCAUUUGCAUCACGGGCAAAGGUGGUGUACCCCAUCAACCAGAAAUACAGACCUUUAGCGGAUGGAGCCUCCAACCCCUCACUGCACGAGCACUCCAAGCUGCCUGUCCUCCCCAAUGGAGAGUCCUCGUCGGGCUGUAGCGGGGAUUCACUGAGCCAGGACCAGGACAACGACGACAGCAGCCAGUUCAUCUCCUCCUCACUGGUCCCCAAGAGUCUGCAGAACGAGAGCUUCACCAGGGUGGCCCUCUACCCCCACACGCUCUCUCAAACAGGUUUUGAGGGCAGGAUCAGCCUGUAUUGUCUGGCCCUGCAGGACGUGCAGAUACAUUGUUCACAAGUCCUGGAAGAGAAAUGUGUGCUCUUUCUCCAAAUUCUCAGAAUUAUACUCAGCGGUCGUUUUCCCAAGGAUAAAAAGGAUUCAGAUUUUUUCACCAAUGUUCUUCUCCUGCAAGAAAAGGAACUGGGUUUAUUAAAGAAAGAACUGUCAGUCAGCCUGUUUUCCUGUGAGAGAAACAAAGACCUAGGUUCAGAUCCUUGUACCCUGGAGGAGAUUGAAAGAACUCAGAAAGAUCUACUGCAGCACGCGCUUCAAAUGACCAAGGGCUUUAGCAAGCAGGUGGAGGCCUUCUGCCAAAGUCUCCUGGGCAGGUCCAGUGUUCUCCCCAGAGAUGAGGCCCAGGAUGUCAUCCACACCCUUAUCCAAUGUCUCCUAUUGGUCGAAAACCAGCUAACUGAGACUCAGGCGGCAGACAUGAAGAGGACCCAGGAGAAGCUGCUGUGGUGGGAGGAGCUGAGGGGUGUACUGCAGGCCAAGCCAGCCCUGCUCCAGCAGGAGGUGUCCCUCAGACAGGACCUGGUUGCCCGAGGCCUGGAGCAGCUGACCAGUGAUGGCCACCUGACCUUCGCCACCAUGGAGAAGACCCUGGCCGAGCUGCAGACUGCCCUGACCGAGGGGCUGCAGCACUGCAGCGAAGAAUGCAGGAUAAAGACCAAGGAGAUUGUAUAUGAAAAGUGCAAGAAGAUCGACUCCAAGAAAAAUAAACUCCUGAGGACUCACGCAAAGGAGAGAAGCCGUGUCCUGGAUUCUGCACAGACGCACAGCGACCUGCAGGAAUUUGUGAAGGUGUAUCAGGAGCUGCUUCUGAAGCAGAGGAAGCAGAGCAGUGACUUGGAGCUGCAGCAGGAUGGGAGAGUGGCAGAGGCAGUGUGUGAUCUUUGGAGGAGGCAUCAUGCCACCUGGUCCAAGAAGCUGGGAGAGCUGGCCAAAGACAUCUUCCUAUCUGCUCUCCCUGCUCAGCCCCAGUUGUCCACAAACCAAGGCCAGAGGCUAUGGCUGGAUCUAGAUGGUGACCUGGUUGCACUGCUGCAGCAGGCAGAGUCCAAUACCAAACGGCAACUGGAGGGUGUACAGGCUCAAUUGGAGAAAGAUGGACAGGUAUGGUGUGAGGAAGCGGCCCUGGUGCUGGCCUGCCUCAGACACCUAGGUGAACAGCAGCUGAAGAUCCUUAGAGGCAUGGUGGUCAGACAGAGCUACGUGCUUAACAGCCAUGUGGGGAUGUUGAUUGAGAAGAAACAGCACCUCCUGCUGGUGGCGGUGCAGAGGCACUUUGUGGCCAGACACUUCUGUCUGAGGGUCUUGAAGGAAAUGAGGUUGUCCAAGCUCAAGGUGCUGUCUCAGAGUGACUUCAGGGCCCUGCUGGCUCUAGAGGACCACACCCAGACCACAGUCAGGCCAACGCUCCCCAAAGCCCAGCAUCAGGAAUCCAGUGCCAGUGUUGCCGAGAGGCAUCUGGGCCCGGAGACACUGCUGAUUGGCCACAGCUUCCAGCAGGAGUUCCUGUCGGAGCUAGAGACGGGAGCGGAGCUCCUGCAGGCCAAUGCCCAGCAGCUGGUGGGCCACGCCCUCAGCCAGAGCCUCUGGCAGCAGAUGGACCAGGCCCCUCCCGCUAGGCCCCAGCCUGACCACGGCAGGAAGAGCCAGUUGACGGAGGUAGUGUCAGAGAGUGUGUACGUGACCCGGGAUUCCCUCAGUGCUCUGGUCACCAGCUACUACUCUCAGAUCCAGGACAUCACCAAGGGCCUUCAGCAGCAACACCCUAACAAGGCCAGAGAGGAGUGUGAACGACGAGAGAGCAGCUCUCAGAUGAACAAGGCCAUGCUAAAGGAGCUGGCCAACUGGGGGAGGAAGCCCAUGUCCACCGAGUUCCAUCAGAGGGUUGAACUGCAGAAGAAGAGGAUGUUGGAACAGUAUGACUUGGAGCAGGAGGUUGCGUGUGAAACUCUGAGGAGAAGGAAGUUAGCCCAGGAACAAACCAUGGAGCGAAUCAAAGCACAGUUACAGGAGGCAGAAGAGGCCUUCAUAGCUAAACUAGCUGCCUUAGCUCGGAUUCCAUUACCCGGCAAAGAGCUCAACACUGAGGAUGACUUCAUAGGGGAGGAGGAGAGUCCAACAUUGAAUCCAUCAUUGUGGAAGAGGCGAGAGAGGCGGGAGCAUGAAACUCUGCUCACCAAUCCAACACUUUUAUUUUCAUGACAGGGAGUGUGCAACUGCACACUUUAGGAGACGGGUAGAUAAUUGUAACACAACUAUGUUUAUUACCACCUGAUGGGGUGUUUGUACUGGGCAUUUUUGCAGUUUUCACAUGUAAUAUAACCCUUUUUAAUCCUC